AUGAGUGCGACUACCACAUCUGCGCCGUUUUCCAAGGCUGUUGUGAGAGCCAUACGGAAAUUAUAUCCACGAGAGCUCGCGGAUAACUCUUGGGAUAACACCGGCUUGCUGUUGGAAGCGCCUUUCAACUCCUCUCGUCGCCAGUCGAACACCGUCCUCCUCACCAUUGAUCUUACAAAAGCCGUCGCCGAUGAGGCAAUUGCGCUCAACUCUUCGAUAAUCAUCGCAUACCAUCCGAUUAUAUUUAGAGGCUUGAAGUCUUUGACACUUGCCGACACACAACAGCAAUCACUGUUACGGCUCGCUAGCCAUGGCAUCAGCGUGUACAGCCCACACACAGCUUUUGACUCAGCACCAGGAGGGCUUGGAGAUUGGCUAGCAGACAUUGUUACGGGGACGAAGAUAGGAAGUGACUUGCCGAGUCCAGUUGUGCAAGCGGAGUCUCCAGGUCCUAGGAAUGAAGAGAACAACGAUGACCCCUUCGUCGAGAAGAAGCGCCCAAUUUUCACCUUGAAUCACCACCCCAGCCAACCUCUCCUACGCUUUGGCAUACCUUCCCCCACCGACCCGGUCACUGCCCCGCAUGAGCGUUCAGCCAUCAAACCGCAAUCGCCAGAACUCCCAUCGCAUCCCAAUGCAGGCAUGGGUCGCAUUGUAAAGUUCAAAGACCCGCAGCCACUUCCAAUGCUGCUCGAUCGUAUCGGAAAGGGACUUCACAACCCCAAGGGUUUCCCAAUAGCCAUACCGCAAGGCAAAUCAAUCGCCGACAUUGAGGUUCGCAGCGUGGGCAUCUGCGCAGGCUCAGGCUCAACCUUGCUCAGCGGCCUAGACGUUGAUCUACUGUUCACGGGCGAGAUGGAUCAUCACGCAGCGCUUGCGGCGAUCGAACAGGGACGAGUCGUCAUCAGUUUGUUCCACAGUAACUCUGAGCGCGGCUUCCUAUCAGAGGUGCUACUAAGCCAGCUAGAAGAUGCUGUACAAGAGGAGUGGACAAAGGUCAGAGAAGAGGAGAAGGACAAUGAGCAGCUCAAGGAGGCAUUGGAGGAGUAUGAUUUCGAUAUUGUGGUCAGCGAGACUGACAGGGAUCCGUAUGGCAUUGUGGUGCUGAAAAGCGAAGCUUAG